UUGGCAACUUGGGACUCAACUCGUGGGCUGAACGGUAGUCUAAAGGAGAGUCGGAUAGAAAACGGCAUGCAAGGAGUGACGGUCAAGGUGGUAACAUUACUGGUAAGUGCUUACUCACUACCAACUCACUACCAACUCACUACCAACUCACUACCAACUCAUUACCAACUCAAUACCAACUGUCCACGUUGAUGCUAUACUCCUUUUCUGUGUAGUAGGAUUAGGACAUAAUGUGAGGUCUUCUUCUCCAUCUGGCUCUGUGGAUCUACGACAAGUCCGGCCCUAGCCUUUUGAGGGCCCUAAGCAACAUUUUAGUGGCCCUCCUCUUGACAACGGAGAGAAGAAAUUGCCAUUUUGCCAUAGGGUGGAGAGACAUUCUUGCAGUUUAUAGCUAAUUUCCUGCAAUUAUUCUACUCAUUUUGCCAUGACUUAUGCCAUGUUAAUAUGAUAUCUGAGUGAGAGUGACUAACAAAAUCAAUGGGGGCCACCUGGAGGUCAGGGCCCCUGGGCAUGUGCCCUGCGUUCCCGGUUGGUCAUUUGACCAUGAUUACUACAAGUUUGUGGCGAAAUCCUGCACUUCUGCACAUCCUGCACCACUUUAGGAGCGCACCAGCUGUCAGGAAGGAGGAAGUAAAUAUAGCUCUUCCUUCUCUGUGUGAUAGCUCUCGGUUGGCGUGGCAGUUUUGACAGUGUGUGCAUUUCUUUGCAGAAGUCUUGUUUAUUUUUGCCGUGCUUAGUUUAUGAACGUUUUAAGUCAGAUUGCCGUGUACAGCUCUACUGUGUGUUUGGAAUCUGUUGGGACCGCUCUUUCCAUUGAUUGCAUGGAUUAUUAGCAACAUUGUUGUGGAGCUUUUAUGAGACAAACUAAACUAACCAAAGAGUGUGUCGGACGGAGGGAGGGACGAAUAUAGCAUAUAAUAUUUUUUUUCUCUCAUUGUGGUCCUCUAGCUCAAUUGGUAGAGCAUUGCGCUUGUAACGCCAGGGUAGUGGGUUUGAUCCCCGGGACCACCCAUACGUAAAAAUGUAUGCACACAUGACUGUAAGUUGCUUUGGAUAAAAGCGUCUGCUAAAUGGCAUAUUAUAUUAUUGUGCUGUGGUCCUUUUUAUUCAAUGCUGCUGUGGAACUUUUGCACAGCAGUACUUACUUUAAGGGAGGUUGCGUGUGAGUUUAUUAUUUUUUAUUAUUGUUUGAACUGUAUUGAUUUUUUGUGGGACUACUGAGAUUUGGUUUACACACAUACCGUUAUGUCCCACUCCCUCCACCACUGGGAGGUAAUACAGAUUAUUGCAAAUCCUCUAAGGUUGAUGACUGGGUUCUUUCUGGUCAGUUGUUUCUAUGAAGUUGCCUCUGAGUUGCUCUGACAUUAUUAUUGUAUGAGGUAUUAUUGGUUGGUUUAGCCCUGUGCUGUGACUGGUGUGCAUAUGGUGUGUCUUAUCCGUUCUCUCCACUGGCUAUCUGGCAAACAGGCUAUACUCUAGGACCUAGGCAGUCUCUUCUGCUGAUGUGUGUGUGUCUGGUACAGGUACUCUCUUUAUUCUACUGUUAAAUCGGCAGGGUUAAUACCUGCCUGGCGCCUGAACAAAAAUCUUUACCUUUACCCCUCUCUAACAAUACCUCUACAGGUAUUGUAGAUAACUGGCUAGACUAAUUUACCAAUCUAAAAAAUGUUAGCUGACAUGAGCUAAUUGAGUGACUGUCAGUGACUGACAUAACAAGAGAAAAACUGCUGAUGUACAACCAAAUUAUGAAAUUGCACAGAGUGUAUUCUACUAAUCUAACCCUCAACAGUAAGUUGAGACCCCGACUGAGUUCCUAAAAACUAGCAGCCACGGGGACCCUAAGCAGUCGUUUAUGUCGCUUAGUGGCUAGGGCCGACCCUGAUCUAGGACAUCUGUAAGACAUAAACUCCAACCGUACAGCUCAUCCUUAGCUGCUGCCUUAGCUUCUGUUCUUUCUCUUCACACAAGAUUUACCUGUUCCAUAUUUAUUCAAAUAAGUUCUGCUCGGCUUCCUCUUGGCAGUGCCGUUUAAUCAUGACGUUUUUUCCAAUCCACCCCAGCAGCUUUCCUCUUCAACUCACUUUUCCAUCCAUUCAGUUCAGCCCUGACACUCUUUCCCAUAAAGAAGAGCCAUGGUUUACCGCAGUAAAUUUAGGGUGGUAAUUUCUGCCUGAUGAAGUGUCACCUCUCCACAGCACUGGGUAUUACAGGUCAACAACCACCCAGAAGACUCGUUAUGAAGAUGAAGUUUGAUAUAGAAACUGCAGCUGGUUUUCAGAAAGUUGUCACACAAAAGUCCUAAAUGAAUACUGUUCUACCUGUCGGUUGAACUGGACCAGUUAAUGAAACUAGGCUGGCCUUUUGACAAAUGAUGGGACUGUGAAUUAAUGCACACAGACACAACUCUGUAAAAUGUACAGUAGUGUUUCAACUUUUAGCUACAAAAAGAGUAUGUUGUCAUGUAGUUAAAGUUAUUUAUUUAUGUUAUCCAACAGGAGGAUCCCUUUGUGAUGGUAGCUGAGAACAUCCUUGGCCAGCCUAAACGCUACAAAGGCUUCUCCAUAGAUGUUCUGGAUUCUCUGGCCAAGAUCCUGGGCUUCAGGUAUGAGAUCUACCAGGUGGCCGAUGGGAAGUAUGGCUCCCCUACCUCAAAUGGCUCCUGGAACGGCAUGAUCGGAGAUCUCAUCAGUAAGGUAAGUCUGUUCAUCACAACUGGAGUUUGUACUGUUUAUUUUGAAGGUUGAUCGAUAGUUUGCUGUUGACUGCUCUGGGGACAUCAUCUUGCCUAUUGCUGCAGUUCUAUCAGCCCUUGGUAGCUGACUGUAGCCUUGACACAGUGGAGUCCAUUAUAAUUUGGGCCUUCUUGGAAAGAUACUUCACCUCACAUGUUCUUCAGUGUGAUGGCUCUCUAUUGUGGCAGAUCUGAUAUGGCCAAAUUAUGUUUGCAUCAGAGUGGACCCACUACAGUCUGGCCAUCAGGCUGACGGUCAGGCUGCUCCAGAUAAAGCAGUCCCACCAGUGCAGGAGGGACUUCAACUCAGCAGGCUAACAAUGCUAACAGUAGGAGAGUGAGUGGGAAGGUGGGGAGUAAGUUGGCAUGGGACAAUUAUAUCACCCAAUGGAGUAGAUCAUAACCAGUAGAAAUAAGACUGUUGUUGGCUUUUUUGCAUUAUUUUGCACAAUGUGCAAGUCCCUGUAAUUUCCUGUAAGUGAGCUUGCUGCAGAGAAUGCAGCCCAGAUGAGCUACUUUUCAGCCCUUCACACUAAUGAUAAUCUGCAGACAAUAUCACUUCAUGGAGGGACAACUUAUCUUUGAUUAUGGCCUUGAGUUAGAGAGCUAUUGUUUAGCCCAACAAUCCAGACAUAUGAUUUGUGUCAUAGGGUCCCACUCCAGCAGCAGGUGUCCAAAACCAUGCCAUUACCAGUGUGUUGACAAUGCUGUGAAAUGAGGAGAAAAACAGAUACACCAGCACUGGACACUAGCAAAAUGUGAUCAGUGUACUGUAACUCUGUCAUUUCAGAUUAACGUUUACAAUAAAGCUUUACAAUAAAAGGAUUUAGUUGAUUGCCAUGUGGAAUGUCUGACCUCUAUAGGUCUGCAUUAGUGCCAGGGACCUCAUGAUACAAUAUUAUUACAAUACUUAGGUGCCAAUAUGAUAUGUAUUGUGAUUCUCACGAUUCUAUAUGUAUUGUGAUUCGACACUGAGAUUUUAUUGCCAUUUCAUGUUCCAAACAUAUUGCUCACCAUAUGUCUGCUGCAGAGAGACAAGAGAGAGCAUGAGAAAAUGAGUUUGGUUCAGUCAGGGAAAGUGCUGAAAAAAUGCUGUCUCACUGUUUAAAAAGAAGAUGGAGAAAAAGCACGGCCUUCUGCUGUGUGAAAUAAAAAAUAACAGAGGGCAAAAUCAUGACGCUUUCAUUUCAAUCCCAAAGAGCAAACAAAAAACCACAACAGACAGACAUUUUACUUUAUUUUAUUUGCCAAACAUCAACAAAAGAUUAUGAUCUCCGAACCAACAGCUUCAAUGUCAUGGCUGUAACUGAUGUAUCUCUCUAUCUAUACACAGCGAGCAGACAUGGCAGUAUCAGCCAUCACCAUAACUCCAGAGAGGGAGAGCGUGGUGGACUUUAGCAAGCGCUACCUGGACUACUCCGUGGGGAUUCUGAUGAGGAAGUCAGAGGAGAAGAUCAAUAUCUUCUCUCUCCUAGCGCCCUUUGACCUGGCCGUGUGGGCGUGCAUCGCUGCCGCCAUCCCCGUGGUCGGGGUCAUGAUCUUCAUCCUGAGGCGCGUCCAGUCAGUCCGCUCCCAGAAUCCCCCAGGGGGACACCAGGCCACCUCUGUGUCCACCUCCCUGCAGAGCGCCAUCUGGAUUGUCUACGGAGCCUUUGUGCAGCAAGGUGAGCUUGGUAAUGUGGCAUCACAAGAGAAGAAACAGGGUACACCAGCAUCUUGCAGCAAAGUUGCUUCAUAUACAGUGAAAUGCUUACUUGUUACAAUAUCACCAACAACAAGACAGCGACUUUUGACCAUCGUGGUACCUCAGUCCGUUGGCAGCAAUAUGACACAAACAUAGAUAGAUCCAUAGAUGGCUAGAUGUAUAUAAAUACACUACCAGUCAAAAGUUUGGACACAACUACUCAUUCAAGGGUUUUUCUUUAUUUUUAAUAUUUUUUACAUUGUAGAAUAAUAGUGAAGACAUCAAAACUAUGAAAUAACACACAUGGAAUCAUGUAGUAACCAAAAAAGUGUUAAACAAAUCAAAAUAUAUUUUAUGUUUGAGAUUCUUCAAAUAGCCACCCUAUGCCUUGAUGACAGCUUUGCACACUCUUGGCAUUAUCUCAACCAGCUUCAUGAGAUAGUCACCUGGAAUGCAUUUCAAUUAAACAGGUGUGCCUUCUUAAAAGUUAAUUAGUGGAAUUUCUUUCCUUCUUAAUGCGUUUGAGCCAAUCAGUUGUGUUGUGACAAGGUAGGGGGGUAUACAGAAGAUAGCCCUAUUUGGUAAAAGACCAAGUCCAUAUUAUGGCAAGAACAACUCAAAUAAGCAAAGAGAAACAACAGUCCAUCAUUACUUUAAGAUAUGAAAGUCAGUCAAUAUGGAACAUUUCAAGAACUUUGAACAUUUAUUCAAGUGCAGUCGCAAAAACCAUCAAGCGUUAUGAUGAAACUGGCUCUAAUGAGGACCGCCACAGGAAUGGAAGACCCAGAGUUACCUCUGCUGCAGAGGAUAAGUUAAUUAGAGAUAACUGCACCUCAGAUUGCAGCCCAAAUAAAUGCUUCACAGAGUUCAAGUAACAGACACAUCUCAACAUCAACUGUUCAGAGGAGACUGCGAGAAUCAGGCCUUCAUGGUCGAAUUACUGCAAAGAAACCACUACUAAAGGACACCAAUAAUAAGAAGAGACUUGCUUGGGCCAAGAAACACAAGCAAUGGACAUUAGACCGGUGGAAAUCUGUCCUUUGGUCUGAUGAGUCCAAAUUUGAGAUUUUUGGUUCCAACCGCCGUGUCUUUGUGAGAUGCAGAGUAGGUAAACGGAUGAUCUCCGCAUGUAUAUUUCCCACCGUAAAGCAUGGAGGAGGAGAUGUUAUGGUGUGGGGGUGCUUUGCUGGUGACACUGUCUGUGAUUUAUUUAGAAUUCAAGGCACACUUAACCAGCAUGGCUACCACAGCAUUCUGCAGUGAUACGCCAUCCCAUCUGGUUUGGGCUUAGUGGGACUAUCAUUUGUUUUUCAACAGGACAAUGACCCAACACACCUCCAGGCUGUGUAAGGGCUAUUUUACCAAGAAGGAGAGUGAUGGAGUGCUGCACCAGAUGACCUGGCCUCCACAAUCCCCCAACCUCAACCCAAUUGAGAUGGUUUGGGAUGAGACCGACCGCAAAGUGAAGGAAAAGCAGCCAACAAGUGCUCAGCAUAUGUGGGAAGACUGUUGGAAAAGCAUUCCAGGUGAAGCUGGUUGAGAGAAUGCCAAAAGUGUGCAAAGAUGUCAUCAAGGCAAAGGGUGGCUAUUUGAAGAAUCUCAAAUACAAAAUAUAUUUUGAUUUGUUUAACACUUUUUUGGUUACUAUAUGAUUCCAUAUGUAUUCUUUCAUAGUGUUGAUGUCUUCACUAUUAUUCUACAUUGAAUGAGUAGGUGUGUCCAAACUUUUGACUGGUGCUGUAUAUAACCAGACAUAUAAGCAAUAGAAAAGGCUUUUGUUAUGUCCCUAUGAAUGCCACACAUACAGUUAGCAGCACAGAGUGGUUUCAUUUGAAGCAUGGAGCCCAUUUUCCACUAUAGCAUUUAAAGGGUUCCUUUGAUGGAAGGAAUAUCAGGUAUUUGAGUCUAGUCUGGAUCCAGGCAUCUAAGAUGUGAAUAAAUGACUCCUUCAGCAACCCCUGUUAAACCCUCAACGUCAUCUAUUAAAGUAUGGCACUUUGAAUCUGGGUUUGGCGGAUGGCAGGAGAACACUACCUGCCCCAAUGCAUAGUGCCAACUGUAAAGUUAGGUGGAGAAGGAAUAAUGGUCUGGGGCCAUUUUUCAUGGUUUGGGCUAGGCCCCUUAGUGCCAGUGAAGGAAAAUCGUAACGCUACAGCCUACAAUGACAUUCUAAUCUAGACGAUUCUGUGCUCCCAACUUUGUGGCAACAGUUUGGGGAAGGCCCUUUCCUGUUUCAGCAUGACAAUGCCCCCGUGCUCAAAGCGAGGUCCAUAAUGAAAUGGUUUGUCGAGAUCGGUGUGGAAGAACUUGACUGGCCUGCACAGAGCCCUGACCUCAACCCCAUCGAACAUCUUUGGGAUGAAUUGGCCUGCAGCAAUGUUCCAACAUCUAGAGGAAAGCCUUCCCAGAAGAGUGGAGGCUGUUAUAGCAGCAAAGGGGAGACAAACUACAUAUUAAUAAGCAUAAUUUUGGAAUUAGAUGUUCGACGAGCAGGUGUCCACAUAUUUUUGGUCAUUUUACAUUUAGUUUUGAGUAUAUUUGACCCUAUGACCUUGUGCCUUUAGGUCAAGUUCCACAAAUGCCUCUCUGAGACGAAUCUCCUGGAACCUCUUGACCUCUUGACCUUGGCAAACAGUGCCUUGCAAAAGUAUUCAUCCCCCUUGGCGUUUUGCCUAUUUUGUUGCCUUACAAGCUGGAAUAAAAUUGAUUUUUUGGGGGUUUGUAUCAUUUGUUAUUGUGAAGUGGAAAUGUCUAGGAGCAACAACGGCUCAGCCGCAAAGUGGUAGGCCACACAAACCCCCCCAAAAAUCUAUUUUAAUUCCAGGUUGUAAGGCAACAAAAUAGGAAAAAUGCCAAGGGGGGUGAAUAAUUUCGCAAGCCACUGUAAGUGCCUCAAGCCAAUUUAAUAAAACUCACUGAGGCUUGAACACAAUAAUACUCUGGUUGUCUUCUUUUUCUUUUUAAAACAGUCCUUAGGGUACAUCAUUGAUAGUGACACUCGGAGACAAAUGCGUGUCCUUUUUUUCACACACCCUGAAUCUCUCAGAUGACAUUUCUGUGGUUUUAGUCUUCAAAAUGAGAAUUCACAUUGACAUUUCCUCAUCUGUUUCCUGUGUAGUUAGACAGAGUGCUUAGACCUCUGCUACAGGGAGAGAGAGACAGCUAUGAAAAAGCUUAUCUCAUAGAUGGAUCUUCUACUAGCUGCCUGGGAAAACAGUGGCAUUGUGAAGGAUAAUUUAGAGAGGAAACGUUGUUGGUAGAAAGAGGGUUAAAGAGAGAGAGCAAAAUUGAGACAGAAAUGGACAGAUUGAGAGAUACAGUGAGACAGUUAGAAAUAGUGAGAUUAAAGUAUAUUGAUACAGAGACAGGUGAGAGAGAGUAGAAUAAAUGAUUGAGAUCUCAUUUUCAACGGGUCCUGAAAAAUACAGAAACAUUAUAAAUGUACACCAGAUCAAUAGGACCAACAGGCUCAAAUAAAACCGACAGAACAAUGGUGCAAUAAAUUGUGAUAUCACAAACAGUGAAUCAAAUCAGCAUAAUGUUAUUGUUCAAGACUUCGUACAGUACACUAUAUCUUAUGUUGUUGUGUUCCUAGGGGGAGACUCCAUCCUGGGUUCUGUGGCUCUGCGUAUCGUCAUGGGCAGCUGGUGGCUCUUCACCCUCAUUGUGUGUUCCUCCUACACGGCCAAUCUGGCAGCCUACCUCACUGUGUCCCGAAUGGACAACGCUGUA